CUGCUCCGUCUGCGUCCUGAGGAAAUGGCGGCGAAGGUGGAUGCCCCGAACGGCAUGAGAAACAAUGGCAAGCACUACUACACGAUGUGUGAGACCAUGUUCGAGAUCGACACCAAGUACGUGCCGAUCAGGCCCAUCGGGAGAGGAUCCUACGGUACCGUAUGCUCGUCGAUAAACCAGGAGACCAACGAGAAGGUCGCGAUAAAAAAGAUAAACAACGUCUUCAACAACCGGAUGGAUGCGCUCAGGACGCUUCGCGAGAUGAAGCUCCUUCGGCACUUGCGUCACGAGAAUGUUAUUUCUUUGAAGGAUAUAAUGAUGCCCCUACGCAGGAGGAGCUUCAAGGAUGUGUAUCUGGUCUCCGAACUCAUGGACACGGAUCUGGAUAAGAUAAUCAUGUCGUCGCAGCCGAUUUCCAACGAGCACUGCCAAUAUUUUCUUUUUCAGCUCCUCCGAGGGUUGAAGUGUCUUCAUUCAGCAGGGAUACUCCAUAGGGAUCUGAAACCAGGGAACCUUCUGAUUAAUGGAAACUGUGAUCUGAAGAUCUGUGACUUUGGUCUUGCUCGCACAGAUAAUAGUGAAGGUCAAUUGAUGACUGAGUAUGUUGUCACUCGUCCAUAUAGAGCUCCCGAGCUGCUGCUCGGUUGCAACAACUAUGGCACCGCCAUAGAUGUCUGGUCAGUUGGCUGUAUAUUUGCUGAGCUACUUGGCCGCAAGACUAUCUUUCCAGGAGCUGAUUGCCUAAGUCAGCUCAAGCUUAUAGUCAAUGUUCUUGGCACCAUGAAUGAUGGUGACCUUGAGUUCAUUGAGAACCUAAGGGGUCGCAACUACAUCAAAUCCCUUCCAUACACCCCUGGGAUUCCCCUCUACAGCAUGUACCCACAAGCGCACCCUCUUGCCAUUGAUCUGUUGCAGAAGAUGCUUAUCUUUGAUCCUUCCAAAAGGAUUAGUGUCAUUGAGGCUUUGGAGCACCCCUACAUGUCAGCGCUGUAUGACCCAAGUGCAAACCCUCCUGCUCAGGUACCUGUCGAUCUUGAUAUAGAUGAGAACCUCGGAGUAGAUAUGAUCCGAGAAAUGUUGUGGCAUGAGAUGCUCCAGUAUCACAGGAGGCCGUCAAAAUGGAGAAUAUUUAACAAGUAGAAGAUGGACAUAUCUCGACGUCAGGAUGCUCGACGGGCUAACCUUGGCGACGCCUUGUUCUGAUGCU